AUGGAGAGCGUUCGGGCCAAGAAUUCAAAUUUUCUGAGCAAGAGUUCUGGUUCAACACAGGGACAGCUUGCUGCAGAAGAUUCAGGGAGUCCUGCAAAAGGGGAGAGCUCAGGUUGUAAGGAUCCCGAUGCCCCCUUGGAUUCAGGGGACCCAGGGGGAGGACCAAUACCAUGUGAAGAGAGGAUAUCAGGAGGCAACGGGAAAGGUCAGGUUCAAAUUUCAAAAUUAGAAGGUGGCAACUCAGAAGGAGCCCUAGGACAGCAAGCGGAGAGCGGUUCAGAGAACAUGGUGGAAGGUAAAGUAUCUUCUGGAAGGGAUCUUGAGAAUUCGAGGAUCCUAGAGGAUCUUAAGGGGGGACCCAGUUUGAAUGGGCAUAUUGGAAAGUGGUCCUCUUUGUUUGGGGUCAAACCCAAAGGUAAGUCUUCAUUGCCCCCAGUUAAAAUACCUCAAAUGUCUCUCAGGGCAAUUUUUCCAUCUCUGUUCUAG